AUGGCUGGAAUGAAUGGUUUGCAAUAUGUCGAAAAGAGGUGCUUCUCCUCCAAAACCUCGAGGUGGGUUUCCCAUGAAACUAAGAUCGUCGCAAACAGGGGAACAUCGCUGAUACGGUUAUCACACGGGGAGCGGGCGAUCCCCUGUAUGAUUUCUCCUAAUCACCAACCAAUUCUUAACGACGCCGGAAGAGCUAUGGACAAUGACUUCCACCAAGACAAAAAGAAGAACAAAACAAGAGAACACGCUAGCCUCGUAGCACCUUGA